AUGGAGGAUAUCAAUUCAACCAUCAUAGACACUGCAGAUGACAUCCAUAAUUUGGUCGACCGGUUCACGGAGUUAGGGCAUGUGAACAAUCCAACCAUAUACAUCGACCUAGAAGGUGUAUACCUUUGCCGCGAUGGUUCCAUUUCCAUCCUAACUCUUCUGUUCAACACUGGCCUUCCGAAACCGGACGUCGUAAUCAUCGAUGUGCAUAAGCUGGGCAAACAAGCGUUCGAGACUACUGUAGCCAAAGGAAGCACGCUAAAGGGUAUCCUUGAAGAUAAAAGAUUCACGAAGGUCUUUUUCGACGUUCGUAAUGAUUCAGACGCUCUAUUUUCUCAUUUCGGCGUUGUAUUGGAAAGGAUCGAAGAUGUCCAGUUGAUGGAGAGUGCAACGAGGAAGACCACGACAUCGAGGAAGUUCGUGACGGGCCUGACCAAAUGCGUCGAGAACAAUGUAUUCAGAGGCAUCCAUUGGAAUGACCGACGUGGCUGGCUGAUGGCCAAGUCGAAAGGAGAACAAUUUUUCAAAAAGGAAUAUGGUGGCUCUCAUGAAGUUUUCAACAAGCGUCCAAUCUCAGACGAUAUUAUCUCUUACUGUGUUGCUGAUGUCCAGUAUCUUCCCAAGUUACGGGAGAUAUUCUGGACGUCACAAAACUCUCAAUGGCGGGACCUGGUUGUCGCAAAGUCGAUGGAGCGUGUCGUGGCAUCUCGAAGAUCAGAUUACCAGCCCCAUGGCCAAGAUAGGGUGGUUGCUCCAUGGAGUGAAGAAGAACACGCUACCCUAAAUUUAUUGAACUAUACGCCUUCGCCGAAUUACUUGAAUCAUUUCGAGCCGGAUGAUGCUUGGUACGAGAGAGACGAUUGGGAUAACGAGGAGGAUGAGGAUUGGGAUAAUAGCUCUAGCCCACGGAUUGGUAAGGCAUCGAGAAAAUAUCAAAAAGAUGUUAGACCGAAACCCGUGUAG